AUGGGUAAGGAUCUAGAAGAUGACAUAGAGGGUGACUACAAACCCAAUAAGGACAAAGAUAGCAAAUAUGAUAGCAAUGGUGACACUAGAAUGGGAAGAAUAGCAGAAACUGGGAUAAACGCCAGUACAGCCAGUGCCCUUGCAAUGACACUUAUUGGAGCAGUCUCCAGUUAUAUUUCCUAUAAACAAAAGAAUUUUAACAUUCAACAAGACAUCAGUAUCGAAAAUGUCAAAGGACAAAGCCUAGAGGUGAGCAUUAAAGAAUCUCAGGUUAAAUAUUCAGCAUUGCAAACCCAGUUUGCAGAGAAACCUUCCCAAGAUUCUUUAGUGCCUCGUUUUCUGAGUGGAGAAGAGCUAAAGGGCCAUGAAUCUGAAACUGCAGGACUGAGCCGUAGUUCUGCUCCUGAGUGA